ACAGAAAUCAUUAUUUUAGCCACCAGGACACAGAAUGUGCUCGGUGAGAAAGGCCGGCGAAUCCGGGAACUGACUGUCGUGGUUCAGACGAGGUUUGGCUUCCCAGAGGGCAGCGUAGAGCUUUACGCUGAAAAGGUGGCCAUGAGGGGCCUAUGUGCCAUUGCCCAGGCAGAGUCUCUGCGUUACCAACUCCUAGGAGGGCUUGCUGUACGCAGGGCCUGCUAUGGUGUGCUGCGGUUCAUCAUGGAGAGCGGAGCUAAGGGCUGCGAGGUUGUGGUGUCUGGGAAGCUGCGAGGACAGAGGGCUCAGUCCAUGAAGUUUGUGGGCGGCCUGGUGAUCCACAGUGGGGACCCUGUUAACUACUAUUCUGACACCGCUGUGCGCCAUGUGCUGCUCAGACAGGGUGUGCUGGGCAUCAAGGUGAAGCUCAUGCUGCCCUGGGACCCAAGUCGUAAGAUUGGCCCCAAGAAGCCCCUGCCCGACCACGUGAGCAUGGUGGAACCCAAAGAUGAGAUCCUGCCCACCACCCCCAUCUCAGAGCAGAAGGGUGGGAAGCCAGAGCCGCCUGCCAUGCCCCAGCCAGUCCCCAGAGCAUAACAGGGUUUCCCUGGCAGCUGUAUGGAGUCUGGAUGUUACUUUAUAAAGAUCUUUAAU